AUGUCGGCCACGGCCCUCCUCCCCCUUCUCUGUGAGCUGGUGGACUCCCUGAGCGAGUUGGAGCGCAGGGCCCUGGUGUUUCUGUGCGGGAGCUUAGACUCGGAUCACAGCCCGGCCCGUGCCCGCUCCCUGCUGGAGGCCACGGUCACAGGCGGUGGUGGUGGUGGUGGAGGAGAGGGCCAAGUGCAGGUUCUCCGGGAACUCCUGGUGCAGCUGCGAAGAAUAGACCUGCUACGGAGCCUGUGUCACUGUGGGAAAGAGGAGGUGGAGAGGCACGGCCCGCCCAGACUGUCACCCUAUAGAGUGCUGAUGUUUAAGCUGAGCGAAGAGCUGACUUCUGAAGACCUCAACCAGCUCAAGUUCUUACUGGGACGAGUGGUGCCCCGGGACAGGCUGGACAGAGCCAAGAGCUUCCUGGACGUCAUCACUGAACUGGAGAAGCAGGCCGAGGUCUCCAGCGACCGGCUGGAGCUGGUCCAGACUUGUCUGAGGGACAUCGGGCGACUGGACCUAUCCAAGCGAGUGCACACGUUCACAUCGACCGACCCUGAACACAGCCCCGGACACAGCGCCGCCCUGGUGCAGCGGUGCCCUCCUGUGAAUCCAGGUGUCAGUCUGAGAGCCCAUCCUCUGCAGCUGCUUCAUAACAGUGCAGCGUACAGGGGCCCUAGUCACACGGUGAUACAGCCAGCGUACAGGGGCCCCAGCCACACGGUGGGACAGCCAGCAUACAGGGGCCCCAGCCACACGGUGAGACAGCCAGUGUACAAUGGCCCCAGCUACACGAGUCACAUAGAACACUACAGACUGAACACUGAGUCUCGUGGAGUUUGUCUGAUCCUGGACUGUGUGGGUCUGGACGGAGACCUCCUAGAGCAGACCUUCCUCUCUCUUCACUUCUCGGUGAUCCACCACCGCUGUCUCACUGUGAGCGGCUGUAUGUCUGUGCUGACGGCUCUCCAGCAGGGCCCUGUCCUCCAGGACGCCUCCGCUCUGGUCUGCUGCUUCAUCAGUCGGGGGAACCAGCGCCACCUGCUGGCUACAGACGCACAGCGCAUGGGUCUGCACCUGGACUCGCUCCGCAGGAUGUUCAGUCAUUGCACCGCGCUCACCGCCAAACCCAAACUCUUCUUCAUCCAGAGCUACAGUGUAGAGGAGACACACACCACAGGGCGGAGCUAUACAAACAGUGAGGAGCUGGAGACGGACGGAAUCCCUUUUGUGGGAGACAACCUGGUCCCCACAGACGCAGACGUGUUCUGGAGCCACUGCUGGACCCCAGAGAGCCAGUUACAGACCCCCACACACUACUCACAUUACCUGAGAGCCCUGAUGGGGGCGCUGCAGCCUACAAACACCAGCAGAUCUCACCUGUUGGACCUGCACCUUCGAGUGAACGCUGCAGUCUGUGAGCACAACCAGAGGAACCCCGAGCUGCCCUACCACCUGGAGCUGAAGCACACGCUCACCAAGCACCUGUACUUACACUGA